GUCUUUCACCAACAAAAUCUUCCAUCACUCUCCCUUCCAAGCACCAUCCAUCCAUCCUCCUUUUCAACACUCUACCCCUUCAUUUCAAAAAGCAACCCACCCUUUCCUUUCCUUUCCUUUCCUUUCCUUUCAACACUUCAUCUCAAAACUCAAACUUCACCUCAAAACUCAAACUUCACCAAUCACCAUGGAAAGAUCCGAGUUCUACCCAGAUCCCCCAACUGAACGAAGCUACACCACCACAAGCGUCCAUGUCACCGCCUUAGACGGUCUCGUAAACGUAAACUCACUCUUCACAAUCGCCGUAUUCGUCGGUCUUUCUCUAACCACACCCGGCCAACGCAGCCUCGAGAAUCGCACCUCUUGCGACGCAGGCAUCGACGUUGCGAAAAAACUCCUGGUCUUCGAAGUUGUCUCCUUUAGUUUCUUCCUAUUCUCUUCUUUGGUUGCGCAAGGAUUAAAGCUUGCUAUCAACAUUUUAAACAGUAAAGAUGUUGAUGAAGUUUUUAGAGCUCAUAUUAAUAGUAAAGUUUUGAGGGUAGGAAUGUUGGGUUCUGCUGUUGGAAGUGUUAUGGGAUGUUUGUUUUUAAUGUUGUCGAUGAUUAAUGUGAUUGAGAUUAGGUUGGGUUUGUUGAGUUGUGGGAGUAAAUCUUCUGGUCAUGCUGUUGCUGCUUUGGUUGUUCUUGUUACUUCUGCUCUUUUGGUUUAUAUUUCUACUGCUCUUUAUGCUUUCUUGCAUUGAUUUUUCAUGUAUUGAAUUUCGAGUUCUUGAGGAAUUUCAAACAACUUUAAUUGCUA